CUCAUAAUAAGGGUUAAUCUAAAAUGAUUUGCAAUUUGUAAGCAUUUGUAUAUUUAAUAAUCUGUACAUUUUACAGCCAUUGAUCUGUCCCUCGGAUGAUAAAUGCAAUAUAACCACAGCAACGAGAAAAUGUUGUCAAAAAUGUAGACUUAAUAAGUGUUUUGCAGUGGGAAUGAAAAAAGAGUUCAUACGGGAUGUGGAGGCAAAAGAGUUAAGAAAACAAUUAAUUCAAGAAAAUAAACAGAAAUCUCAACAAAAUAAUGAAAACAAUUCAGUUGACAAACCUAUUGAUAAUUCUGUGGACAAUGUCAUCAACGAUACAUCAAAUGAGACCAAACUUUCUGAUGAGACAUACGCUCAAGAAAUCGAGGCAUUGAUCGGAGACUCGCUUAAUAUCAGUGAUGAAGCACUCAGUGAACAGAUUAUGGAAAUUGAAAGUUAUGUCAUAAAAGAUACAAACGUUGAAAAAGUGGCUCAAAAUACUAACCCAUUAGCAGUGAUGCCUAUUUUCAAAGAGAUCAUAGACUAUAACGGAAUCAAUCACUUGGAGUCCAACCGGAUAUCCGAGUUGUUGAGCGCAUCCAAUGUUAUAAACUAUCGGCUUUCGCCAAACAUAAUCGAAAUAAGAGAUUACGAGUUAUUUGUCCGGUUAAUGGCACCGGGAAACUGGAGCAGCAAUUAUACAUAUAUCUACUACAGAGAAAUUAUUCCCCAGGUAAACGAAAAGCAUGGAUCGCAAUACAAUCAAAUCAAAGCACCCGUACUUCACAAUUCUCCUAAAGAAUGA